GUUUGUGAUUUCUUAUUUUUUUUCAAUUAUAACUACCAGUGCAAAAUGACUAUCGGAGAUGAGAAUGUGUACGAGAACUUCGACUAUUCUCUGAAUGUUCAAAAGAUUAUGAACAUAAGAGACUCUGACUUGGAGAAUUUGAUGAAAUCGUACAAUGUGACUCAAAAGUCACUGGACGAAAUGGUCGCCAGCAUUCGAGAAUGGUACGAGAAGCAGCCACAUCUACCACAAGGACAAUUACAUGACCGUAUGAUUAUUGGCCAUCUCAUUACUCGAGGGUUCAGCGUGGAACAAUGCAAGGAGAAGAUCGACAACUACUUCUCAGCCAGAACAAAGAUGCCUGAUGUCCUGGUGGGGAGAUCUCCUCUCUCUUCUAAUAUGGAGAAAUUUUCGAAACAAGGGUAUUGGGUCGUCCCUCCCAUGAAGACCAAGGAGAAUCAUAGGGUCAUUUUGUUCAGAAUCGUGAAUCCAGAAAUGGUUGUUCUAGAUGUGGUUAAAUUAGCUUUUAUGAUGGGAGAAUACAGACUAUUCAAUGAUGUCACACAUGGAGACCAUUGGAUCUUCGACUUCAGUAAUGCGACCUUGAACCAUGCAUUACAAUUUACGCCCAUUUUGAUUUCGAAAAUCUAUUAUUAUAUAACGUCUUGCCACGCUAUCAAGAUUAAAGGCAUUCACCUGGUCAACGUGCCAGUCUUCGGUCACUCGAUCUUGGCGCUUUUCAAAAAGAUCAUGAAGCCCAAACAUGCAGAAAGAUUGCAUCUAUAUGAAGGAUUUGAGAAAAUAUUCAAUGUGCUGCCUAGGGAAAUAUUUCCAAGUGAUAUCGGCGGUACUGCUAAUACAACUGUCCAGGAAUUAUCGGACGUCUGGCAUGAAACCAUCCAAUCAGAAUCAUGGAAGCGAUUUUACGCGAACCAAGACAAGAACUUCUUCGUUGACGAAUCCAAAAGGAUAACACCAUCAAAAAUCACCGAUGAAUUCGGCGUAGAAGGAACCUUCAGAAAAUUAGAAUUAGAUUAACUUGUAGAUAAUUAAAAUAUUCAAGGUCAUUUUCUUACAUAUCCUCAUUAAGUUCCUGAUAAAUUUAAUCGGCAGAUAGUGUUAAAACGUAGAUUUAUCUGGUGGAUAGCAACUGUAUAGACUGUGAAACGGGCCAUUAAGAAAUUAUUUUUUUAACUGAUUGUCGUUAUUAAGAGGUAACUGAUAUUAGAACUAAGUUAUAAGCCUGCGGUGUCAAGCCAAGCGUCAAACGCUUGGUAAUUGAUGUUUUGGGGUUUUAUACUUUCAGCGUGUGAUUUUUAGGACGCUUAUUGAUUACAAGGUACUCAGAAAAAAGUGUUUAUUGAUUAGACUUUAAUUACUCGACCCAAUUCGUGGUUAUCUGGACCUAGACUGGACCUGAUUAAAAACAUAUCCAAUUAUGUCUUUGAAAUUCUGACAUUGUUGUCGGUUCUGUGUGAUUCCGGCUGUUAAUGUGAUAUUUUUUACUAAAAAGUAAUAAAUUUAAUUGAAAUUAUUAGGUUUAUAAGGAUAUCACUCCUGUUUGAAAAAGAUAUAUUUUUAUAAGUUUGAUUUGCUUCCCUUUUUUUACAACUUGGUCAUAUCUUAGCAAGAUUUUUUGCUGAUUCAUAACUCAUAGUAUAUGUAUUCAUCUGGUAAAUUUGUUGUGACGGUUUUUAUUUAUUAAUAGCUCUUACCCGCGGCGUCGCUCCCGUCAUUUGACUACCUACCCUACUCUACCUACCCUACCUACCCUACUUUACCUACCCUACUAUACCUACCCUACUUUAUCUACCCUACUCUACCUAACCUACUCUACCUACCCUACUCUACCUAACCUACUCUACCUACUCUAUCCUAUCCUAUGUCCUUUUCCUGGAUCUAAACUACCCCCCUGUCAAUUUUCAGCUAAAUCGGUUCAGCCGUUCUUGAGUUAUAAGUGGUGUAACUAACACGACUUUCUUUUAUAUAUAUAUAUAUAUAUAUAGAUUAA